UUGGUGGUAAGCGUAGAUCUCACACUUAGCUGCAAGUUUAUUAACACGUUUAAGAGGCUACAACGAGUUUAUGCGUACGUCUAUCGAUUUUCGAGGCCUGUCGGUACCAAAUAUUCUGGACCACUAAACGCAAAGGAAAUCCAGCAGGGAACCUUUCUAAUUCUUCGCAUGAUGCAGAGAGCAAGCCUACACAAGGAGUAUCGGCUUUUGGAUGCCGGAAAGGAAGUGGAAGGUUCAUCGGACAUUCGAUCACUAAAUCCAUUUAUCGAUCAGCAUGGGUUGAUUCGAGUUGGCGGCAGGCUGCAGCAUUCCACAUUGAGGUUUGAGGCGAAGCACCCCAUCAUUUUACCCAAGCGACAUCCGGUAACGGAUUCAAUAAUCAACCAUUUUCAUCAGCAAAUGCUCCACGCAGGGCCCCAAUCAUUACUGGCAUCUAUACGGUUGCAAUAUUGGCCCAUUGGGGGCAGAAAAACCGUUUCGCGUGUGGUUGAUAAAUGUAUCCGCUGUUUUCGUGCCAAGCCUAAAUUGAUGAAGCACAUUAUGGGAAGUUUACCAUCAGAAAGAGUGCACCCGGGUAGGACAUUUUUAACUACGGGAGUGGACUUCUGCGGGCCGUUCCAUUAUC